AUGUCUAGUAAGAAGAGAGAAGACAAUCUAUUAGCGUACGAUGUAUUUACCAAAGUCGAAGAAGAUAUACGUAUAAGAACAAGGACUGGUGGGUUAAUAACCUUGAUCUGUAUCGGCGUGACGUUUCUACUGUUGAUAAGCGAGUGGUUUCAAUUUAAAAAGGUGAUUUCAAAACCAGAGUUGGUUAUAGAUAGAGACUAUCAAAGUAAAUUGGAAUUGAACAUCGAUGUUACAUUUCCUUAUAUUCCAUGUGAUUUGUUAAAUUUGGACAUUCUAGAUGAUUCCGGUAAUGUUCAGUUAGAUAUUGAUUUGGAAGAAGCCAGUAGUAACUUCGUAAAGACUAGAUUGAACAAUAGAGGCGAAGUUAUUGGUAAAGCUAAGAAAUUCAAAAUCACAGAUGAUUUAGGUGAGUAUGCCCCAGAAGAUAAGGAAAACUAUUGUGGAUCUUGUUAUGGGUCUAAAGAUCAAACUAAAAACGAAGACAUUGAAAAAAUCACGGACAAAGUAUGUUGUAAUUCUUGUGAAGACGUUCGUCAAGCCUACUCUGAAGCUGGUUGGGCUUUUUUUGACGGCAAAAAUAUCGAGCAAUGUGAAAGAGAAGGAUACGUUAAAACUAUCAACGAGAGACUAAGCGAAGGUUGCCGUGUUAAAGGUGAAGCUCUUCUAAAUAAAAUCCACGGUAAUUUACAUUUUGCCCCAGGUAAAGCAUUCCAGAACAGAAGAGGACAUUUCCAUGAUACCUCGCUAUUUAACCAACAUAAGAACUUGAAUUUCCAACAUGUGAUAAACCACUUAAGUUUUGGCAAACCAAUCAGACAAUUGGUGACAAGCAAUUUCCAAGAUACCAUGUCAGACUCCCUUAGGGCGCAAACUGCGCCAAUUGACGGCCACCAAGCAUUCAUUCAAGACAACACUGGAGACAGCGAUAGCGCCUCCACAACCAUAGCCGCGCACGACUACCAGUUCAUCUACUACGCAGAAAUCAUCUCUACCAGAUUCGAAUACUUAAAAGGGGAUCUAGAAGAGACGUCUCAAUUGACUGUCACGUCCCAUUAUAAGAAAAUAGGUUACCAAAACGGACAAGACUAUAUGCAAGGCAUGCAGUCCCGUUCCGGUAUCCCUGGUCUGUACAUUGACUUCGAAGUCUCCCCAUUGAAAGUCAUUAACAAAGAGCAGUACUCAACCUCUUGGUCAGGCUACCUUUUGAAGACUAUAACAAGUAUAGGUGGUAUCCUAGCCGUGGGAACCGUCAUCGACAAAGUCGUCUACGCGACCCAAACCGCUCUGAAACAAGCAAGCAUUGUCAAGGCAAGGAAGUAG